GGCCGAAGCCAAGGCGCCGAGCCGCGCUGCGGACCCGGGCGGCCGCGGGAUGGGCGGGCGAGCGGGCGCGCGGCCCCGCCCGGCGCCCACCGCCCUGCCCUCGCCUGUCUCCUCCUUUCCCCGGGGCUCCGCUGAGUUCAUUCACUGGGAUUGGUUUCAAGUGACGCCAUCUCUUUAUUUUUAAACCAAUGACCUCAUCCGCGCUUGAAGUUUCCUGACCAGCGACUCUUUCUCUUUCCCCCCAACCCCCACCCCACCCCCCCGCCUUUCCCCCUCUUGUCUGUGUAUCACUGUUUGGGGGGCUUUAAUCAGUUUUUAAACGAUUAUUAUCACUUCUCCCUCCCCCCCCCUCCGCUUUCCCCACGCGGCCCCCCACCUUCACCUCCCCAAGUUCCUCACCCCUUUCAACAUUGUUUUUUCAAGGCUGACGGUGGGGGGGAGGUGGAAGAGAAAGAGUGAAGAAAAGUUGCAAACGUCUCCUCUCUUUCUAAGCUUCCCGCCCCCACCCACCUCUCAGAGAAGGAGAAGAUAAUAUAGUGAAAAGAAGAGGAGGAGGAGAGCGCGACGGGACGGACGCGAGCGGGAGCGCAGCCGCCCUCCCGGCUCCGCGGCGGCGCCUCGCAAGCCGGGCAGGCGAGGGGGGCCCGAGGGGAGACGCCGUGACAACUUUCAUUUCCCCCGGAGGGAGUCGGGAGGUCGGCGGCCCCAAAAAACAAGAUAUGAGUUAUCCAUUUUACAGAUGAGGAAACUGAGAACUUAGACUAAGUAAUUUAUCCAGAUCCCAAAGCAAGUAAGAAGUGGUGCUAGACCUGGAGCCAAGAUCUUCUGAUUCAUUUUCAGGAUUUUCAGCCCAGUGUAAAGCUGUUGGAGCGAGGAGCAAAGGUAAAGAAUGAUGUAAUGCACUGGCCGCCCCAGAGCAUCUUUUGUUGUGGAUGGUUAUUCCAGUCAUCUCUUUAUGAAUCAAAUGUGAGGGGCUGCUUUGUGGAGAGUGCUUUUUGCAAGAGCACAUCAACGGGGGAAAGAGAAAGGGACAUUCACUUGGAGGGCUCUUGCUGAAAAUGGGUUUAACUCUCCUUUUGCCAGUCACCACCAGCCUGACCUCAUACAUUUGUAGGACAAUGGAGUGGCUGAGCCUUUGAGCACACCACCAUUACAUCAUCGUGGCAAAUUAAAGAAGGAGGUGGGAAAAGAAGACUUAUUGUUGUCAUGGCCCAUGAGAUGACUGGAACUCAAAUUGUUACUGAGAGGCUGGUGGCUCUGCUGGAAAGUGGAACAGAGAAAGUGCUGCUAAUUGAUAGCCGGCCAUUUGUGGAGUACAAUACAUCCCACAUUUUGGAAGCCAUUAAUAUCAACUGCUCCAAGCUUAUGAAGCGAAGGUUGCAACAGGACAAAGUGUUAAUUACAGAGCUCAUCCAGCAUUCGGCAAAACAGAAGGUUGAUAUCGACUGCGGUCAGAGGGUUGUAGUUUACGACCAGAGCUCCCAAGAUGUUGCCUCUCUGUCUUCAGACUGCUUUCUCACUGUACUUCUGGGUAAACUGGAGAAGAGCUUCAGCUCCGUUCACCUGCUUGCCGGUAAGGCUGGUGGCAGACUUGAGCGGACUUUGUAUCUUGCAGAGCGCCCCGGUGGGUUUGCGGAGUUCUCCCGUUGUUUCCCUGGCCUCUGUGAAGGAAAAUCUGCUCUAGUCCCUACCUGCAUUUCUCAGCCUUGCCUACCUGUUGCCAAUAUUGGGCCAACCCGAAUUCUUCCCAAUCUUUAUCUCGGCUGCCAGCGAGAUGUCCUCAACAAGGAGCUGAUGCAACAGAAUGGCAUUAGUUAUGUGUUAAAUGCCAGCAAUACCUGUCCUAAGCCCGACUUUAUCCCGGAGUCUCAUUUCCUGCGAGUGCCUGUGAAUGACAGCUUUUGUGAGAAAAUUUUGCCAUGGUUGGACAAAUCAGUAGAUUUCAUUGAGAAAGCCAAGGCCUCCAAUGGGCGCGUCCUGGUGCACUGCUUAGCCGGCAUCUCCCGCUCGGCCACCAUCGCCAUCGCCUACAUCAUGAAGAGGAUGGACAUGUCCUUAGAUGAAGCUUACAGAUUUGUGAAAGAGAAAAGACCUACUAUAUCUCCAAACUUCAAUUUUCUGGGCCAGCUCCUAGACUAUGAGAAAAAGAUCAAGAACCAGAUGGGUGCAUCAGGGCCAAAGAGCAAACUCAAGCUGCUGCACCUGGAGAAGCCCCAUGAAGCCGUCCCUGCAGGCUCCGAGGGUGCACAGAAGCGUGAGCUGGGCCUCAGCCCACCCUGUGCCAACUGCGCUCCCUCUGAGGUGGCGGGGCAGCGGCCCGCACAUCCCGAGGGCGCACCCAGCCCGCAGCCCUCACUGCUGGAGGACGGCCCCCUGGUGCAGGCGCUUGGCGGCCUCCACCUGCCCUCGGGCAAGCUAGAGGACAGCAGUAAGCUCAAGCGCUCCUUCUCUCUGGACAUCAAAUCCCUUUCGUACUCGGCCAGCGUAGCAGCAUCCUUGCAUGGUUUCCCGUCCUCAGAAGAGGCUCUGGAAUACUACAAGCCUUCCGCGAGUCUGGAGGGGGCCACCAAGCUCUGCCAGUUCUCUCCAGUGGAGGAAGUGUCGGAGCAGACCCCCGAGAGCAGCCCGGACAAGGAGGAAGCCAGCCUCCCCGAGAAGCCUCAGCCGGCCAGGCCCCCUGAGGGCCCGGGGAAGCGGCUGCACUCGGGAAGAACCAGCGCUGGGGGCACUGCCCCGCGGCCCCUCUUCUCCCCUCUGCAGCGGAGCGGGAGCGUGGAGGACAACCGCCCCGCCAGCUUCCUCUUCGGCCUGUCCGCCAGCCAGCAGCACCUCGCCAAGUCCGCCGCCGGCCUGGGCCUCAAGGGCUGGCACUCGGACAUCUUGGCUCCCCACACCUCUGCCCCUUCCCUGACCGGCAGCUGGUAUUUCGGCCCGGAGCCCCCUCGCUUCUGCUCGGCCUCAGCCGUCUACGGGGGCAGUGGUGGCUACUCGGCCUACAGCUGCAGCCAGCUGCCCACCUGCGGUGACCCGCUGUACUCCGUGCGCCGGCGGCAGAAGCCCAGUGACAGGGCCGACUCCCGGCGGAGCUGGCACGAGGAGAGCCCGUUCGAAAAGCAGCUGAAGCGCAGAAGCUGCCAGAUGGAAUUCGGCGAGAGCAUCAUGUCGGAGAACAGGUCGCGGGAGGAACUGGGCAAAGUGGGCAGCCAGUCCAGCUUUUCGGGCAGCAUGGAAAUCAUUGAGGUCUCCUGAGAAGGAAGACCCUGCGGGCUUCUAUGGACAGUACUUUCUUGUUCACAAAAAUAUUCCCUGUAAAUCUGAAAUAUAUAUAUGUACAUACAUAUAUAUUUUUGGAAAAUGGAGCUAUGGUGUAAAAGCAAACGAUGGAUCAACACAGCUGCUCUCUUAGCGUCCGCACUUGAGAGCAGCUGCUCUUUCUCAACAAGAGUGGACGGGCAGAUGCUAGAUGUCCUCCCCGCCAGAUGAGAAAUUGUACGCAGCGCAUUGCACAUCCUCUUGUUCCUACUGAGUCCAGUUUGGGUGGUGGAGGAUGACAUGCCCUCCCAUGUUCGUGUUGUGCUACAAGAGCUCUCGAGUGCUAGCCCCUGUCCAGCCCCCUCUGUAGUGCACCUUAGCGCUGAGACUGAGCCAGCUCGUGGGUUGGGCGGGUAGACCCCAUCAGGGACAGAACCUCACCGUAAACGCAAGAGAAAUGAGCCCAUCCAAAGCGGACUCGCACACCCAAGCUCAUGUGGCAGCCGAGUGCCGUGAGCCUCAUUCUGCUGCACACACCGUUAGGGGCCUUGCCAAGGUCGACUUCAGAGCAAACCCAGUACCUCAGACUGAAAGUCGGGGCUUUCACCACUACCGAGUCCGGUAGCCUGUCUUCUAGGCGUUGUGAAUAGGUAGGUAGCUAGUCACACUUUGCAGGCCAAUUCAGACUGUCUCUGCACAAAUUUCCAGGUGGGCCUGGAUGGUGGUAGUUAAUUUUUUCUUCUCGGCUUCACCAAGAGAAGGGGAACCAUCUAGGAUUCAAUUGAACAGCCAGGGACCUGGCCUCGUAAUGAUUUAAGGUAGGUCAGGAGGCUAAACAAGUCUUCCUCCCUCCAUGUGAAUCAAAGAGUUGUUCUAAAUGGGGUUGUUAAUCCUUUAAAUAAAGAUGAACUUGGUUGAAGCCAGAUGUGAAUUUAUUUGGGUUGGUAGAACAGGAGCACCUUCAAAUUCUCAGCCAAAGUAGAUUUUUUUCCAUUUUAGUUUCUUUGCACAGGUAAGGUUUUUUACAAAAACCGAACAGGUAGACUUUUACAGGAAACUAUCACGAGGGAGAAAAGCUCUGGAAAGAUUAAAGAAUUAAAAUUGCUAAGGAGAGCCAGGAAACUCAUUUUUCUCAAUGGUUUUGUUCCCCUGGGCCUGUGAUGAAGGAGGUAGCUCUGUAAUUUCCUCACACUUUCCAAUUUACUAAUAGGGCUGAGAGGCUAGUUGAGUGAGGAGGGUUCUGAAUAAAACAGUAUAGGAAGGUGAGGGGAAGGUGGCUGGCUUUUGUUGUGAGUGGAGCGGGAAGCCACAGCCAAGCUAUUCUCAGAAAGUAUCCCGGGCUUUUUUUUUUUUUUUUUUUUUUUUUUUAGUAGAAAGGACAUAUCAAAAUGGAGUGGGACCAAGGUGGUCUCUCAGUCUUUGACCUACAAUCACUGUAUGGACUCAAUCCUGGCAGCUGAAAAUAGAGGAGUUAAUUGGAACAAGUACACAAGUGAUUAGUACAUACCUGCUUUUAAACUUCCCGGCUUGAGUCUUGUCAGCUACAUUACGGUCCUCUUUUGAAGCCUUAAUUCACGUCAGCAGCUUUUCUUUGGGGGGUGGGGUGGAUAGGGGUGUUGUCAUUUUUCUUUACUGUAAGUGUAGCUAGUUGCUGACUCAUAUCUCAGGUUUUUCUGUGUUUGAGAAAUGGAUAGUCCUUCGACUAGGAUGUGACUUCAUGUUUCCUAUGAUGACUGCUGAAACCAGCACAGAAUGAAUGAUGUGAUUCAGAACGGACUUGCUCAUGAUGAUUCCAAGCAGCGUGUAACAGAACUGCUUGCUUGUGCACAGGUAACGUGCUGUGAUCCGGGUGUAAAAUGAAGGUGGAAGAGAGGUCACUGCAUAGGGAGCUCAGUGUUCCUGUAUGGAAAAAGUUCUGUUAAAUGAUGUUAGUUUUUCCACAUACAUUUAAAUCUGGGGUGUAAUCAGACAUUCUCAAGGAGUAAUUUUUGAGGUGUUCUGCAUACACCAAGUGUGGAAGAGCUCACUUGUUCUCCAGAGUCUGGUCAUAACUGUGGAACAUUUUUAAGAAAUGAAAGCAAGAGCUCCAGGGUUAAGUCUGUGCCAGGAGGGUUGUGGGGGGGGACUUCCAUCAUUCAGGGUUUCUCCUGGCCAUGUUCCCCUUCCUUCCCGUGACUGCAAGGUAGUCCUUCCACAGCCUUCGGUAUUGACUGCGUAUGUCAGAUACACAGUUCUCUGGCUGGAGACUGCGGGGCCCCGGGGCAAGCCCUGCCACUGCAUGGGGAGGCUGGCUGCUCUCUACUGUAGGGGCUCAUAGGGCACGCCCUGGAGUCUGCCAGCAGGACACUGAACCGUGAUUUCUAAAGAGCAAAACUAGAUUGUGUGAGAAAGGCUGGACUGUGGUUGACAUUUGUAAAGUGAGGUGGUAAGACUGUAUAAAUGUUUAAUAUGAAUAUAGUGUUCUUUUGGAGUAAGAUGCUGUUGAAUGGUUAAAUUGUGCAUUUCUCAUUUUGAUGUUCAUGUAUGUUAAUAUGAAAUAAAAUCAAAACUGGUACCUGUUUAUACAUAAA